AUGGAAAACAAGCGGCAAGAUAUCUUUGGAAAGGGUCCUCAGGCGCCAUACUCUAGAAUACUCAAGAAGCAGGAUCGAGGUAAACGGUCGCUUCUGACAAAAGUUAAGUCGUUUUUUUCAAGUGGGAGACAGGACUCUGCCAAUUCCUUGAACUUUGUCAAGGCACCAGAGUUUCAAGGAGUCAGAGCACCAGGCGGGUUUUAUGAUCAGCCAACAAGCAAUUUGAUUUCAACCCAGGAACGCCGCGUGGAAAAAAGUCCUGAAGUAAUUGAGGCCGAUGCGGGGUCUGUAACUGUUGAGGAGGUGAACACUUCUAAUUCGACACUCGCUAGAUUUUUUCGCCAAAAGGGCGACGAUGCGUUGAGUGAAGUUGAGUACGAAGGGGUCUUAUCUUUGAUGAGGAAAAUAAGAAAUUCACCGACGGAGGAUCUACCCCGAGGCGGAAUCUCUUCUGAAUCGUCUUUACUUCACGCAGAGUCCCCUUCCCUUUUGAAGUUCAGCCCUGACUCGCGCGAAAUUCCUAUUAAAACCCCGCAGUUUCACCCCAAGUACGACAAUUAUUCUGCAACCGCAAACACAUCCAUGAAAAGCAUAUCUUCAACUAGCUCCAUCAAGAGCAGAGUAUUUGAUUACUCCGGCCUUCCGUUGCCCUACAAGGCAGGCUCUUACAGACAUAGUGCCGCUGAUUUAUCGGCUGUAAUCAAAAAGAACAAACCACACAAUAGUUCAGCACCGGUUUCUGAACCUCCCGCUCAAGAGAAGCUUACCAAUACUGCCUCAGCUCUUCUAUCGCUGCUAGAUUCAAGUGAGUCCAGGCAUAAGCCAUCUGGGCUUGCAAAUCCGUACGCUAGUCGUGUUUCUGAGUUCAAAAAGUUCAAGAAAUCAAAUGAACCUCCAAUCUCGGAACCCAACACGCCCUCUAAAGGUGGUGCGAAUGCUGCUCAGUCAAUUGCAUUAAGUGAAAUACGCAAGGCGGAGGACAAAGGUGGUGAAAACGGUGACAGGAGUCCGGCCGCGCAGCAAUUUAUAAAGUACAAGCCCGCUAAGGCCUCAAUGUUGCGUUCGACCGUCUCCGCUUCUAAGGUUCAGCCAGAGGAGGUCACUUCAGGCCCAAAGCAGGGCAGCGACGACUCACGUUCUGUUCAUCCUUACUCAGGCGCGUUCAACUUUACUUAUUCGACUACGGCACCCACGCCCAGCUCAAAAACCUCAACUAUAUAUCAAGAUGAUGCAAGGACAGCAGAAAAAAAAUCAUUUGUUGCUGUUAAUGACGGCUUUAAUGGGUCAAAGCUAUUUCAUGCUCGGCAGGACGGCGAUCUGCCACCAGAUCAAGAGGGUUCAGAGGCCGCCAAGGACAGGAGUUGUAUGGAUUCUCUGACAUUUCAGCCCAAUCGAAACUCAAACGUUCGCCAGGGAAAUGACAUUGAAGAUUCACCUGAUAGCCAGUCGAAGUUUGACCAGUCAAGAUAUUCAUUCCCGUUUUUCGCUCCUCCAAGUUCUGGCAUAAGUUCAGGGUUAAUUAAUGAGGACUUGGUGAAUACUCUAAAAAGUACGUUCGCAUUCUGA